AUGACCUCUCCUGUGGACCCCAAGAUUAAACAGGCUUUGCGAAAGAAACCAUCAGAAAGGACUCCGGAGGACUUAAAUACUAUCUAUUCUUUCCUUCAUGGACUGGACAUACUCUCACAUUUCAGGGAACAUCAGCUAAGAAUAAUGUCAUCAAGUGCCCGCUAUGAGAGGUACAAGGGCAACCAAGUUCUCUUUUGCUCAGAAACUAUUGCAAGAUGCUGGUAUAUACUGCUUUCUGGAUCUGUGCUCAUGAAGGAUUCCAUGUUUUUACCACCCUGCAGUUUUGGCAAGCAGUCUGGAGGAAAACGAGGAUGCGAAUGUAUCAUAUUGGAGCCUUCAGAAAUGAUUGUGGUGGAGAACUCCAAAGACAAUGAGGAAAACAUCUUGCAAAGAGAAGUCCCGCUCAGGCAGUCCCGUCGGAGGUUUCGGAAGAUCAACCAGAGGGGCGAGCGUCAGACCAUCACUGACAACGUGGAUGCCAGCAGUUACCUGUCGCUUCCAGCUGACCUUACCAAGAUGCAUCUCACCGACAAUCCUCAUCCUCAGGUGACUCACGUCCCUUCAAGCCAGUCAGGAUGUAGCAUUGCCAGUGAUUCUGGGAGCAGCAGCCUGUCUGAUAUUUAUCAGGCUACAGAAAGUGAGAUGGGAGACGUUGAUUUAACAGGUCUUCCAGAAGCACCUGUAGACUCUGAAGAUGAAGAGGAGGAGGAGGAUGAAGAUAUUGACAGAACUUCAGAUCCGCUUCUUGGGCGAGAUGUUGUACGAGAGUGCCUUGAGAAAGAGCCUGCAGAUAAAACUGAUGAUGAUAUUGAGCAAUUGUUGGAAUUUAUGCAUCAACUCCCUGCCUUUGCAAACAUGACUAUGUCUGUGAGAAGAGAACUUUGCUCAGUGAUGAUAUUUGAAGUAGUAGAGCAAGCAGGAGCCAUCAUACUUGAAGACGGCCAAGAACUCGAUUCUUGGUAUGUUAUUUUAAAUGGCACAGUGGAAAUCAGCUAUCCUGAUGGGAAGAGUGAGAGUCUCUGUAUGGGAAAUAGUUUUGGGAUUACUCCCUCUCUGGACAAACAGUACAUGAAUGGAGUGGUCAGAACCAAAGUAGAUGAUUGUCAGUUUGUGUGUAUAGCCCAGCAAGACUACUGGAGGAUUCUGAACCACGUGGAAAAAAACACUCAUAAAGUGGAGGAAGAAGGAGAAAUUGUUAUGGUAAAGGAGCACAGGGAGCUGGAUCGCAGUGGAACCAGAAAAGGACACAUAGUUAUCAAGGCAACACCUGAGCGACUCAUCAUGCACUUAAUAGAAGAACAUUCUAUUGUGGAUCCAACCUACAUUGAAGAUUUCCUUUUAACGUACAGAACGUUUCUAACAAGUCCCCUGGAAGUUGGAAAUAAACUCUUGGAAUGGUUCACAGUGGACAGCCUCAGGGAUAAGGUUACCAGAGUGGUCUUACUGUGGGUGAACAAUCAUUUUAAUGACUUUGAAGGAGAUCCUGCUAUGACUCGAUUUCUGGAAGAAUUUGAAAAGAAUUUGGAAGAUACGAAAAUGAAAGGACAUCUCAGAUUGCUGAAUAUUGCCUGUGCUGCCAAAGCAAAAUGGAGACAAAUUACCCUGCAAAAACCUUCUAGAGAUUCGCCACUGUUUUUCAGCCUCCUUGGAGGAAGCGACAAGGGGUUUGGUAUUUUUGUAGAGACUGUGGAAAUGGGCAGUAAAGCAGCAGAAGCUGGACUCAAGCGUGGUGAUCAGAUAAUGGAAGUAAAUGGACAGAAUUUUGAGAACAUUACCUUUGUAAAAGCUCUGGAAAUCUUAAGGAACAACACUCAUCUCUCCAUUACUGUAAAAACAAACAUUUUUGUGUUUAAGGAGCUGCUCUGCAGGAUAGGACAAGAGAAGAAUGGAAUUCCACAUAUUCCAAAAAUUGCAGAAAAGAAAAACAACCGUUAUUCCAUCCCAGAUAUGCCUGGAGAUGUGGAACAGAUGUUUCCCCAUGAAAAAGGAAACAAGAAAAUGAAAGCAAACACUGUAUCUGGUGGGAGAAACAGAAUCAGGAAAAUCUUAGACAAGACCCGAUUCAGCAUCUUGCCUCCAAAACUGUUCAGUGACGGCAGCGUGAGCCAGUCGCAGGACGACAGCAUUGUGGGGACGCGGCAGUGCAGGCACAGCCUGGCCAUCAUGCCUAUUCCGGGAACGCUCUCAUCCAGUAGCCCUGACCUCUUGCAGCCUACAACUAGCAUUCUGGAUUUCUCUAAUCCUUCAGAUAUUCCGGAUCAAGUAAUUAGAGUUUUCAAAGCAGAUCAGCAGAGUUGUUACAUUAUCAUCAGCAAAGACACUACAGCAAAAGAGGUUGUGAGUCACGCCGUCCACGAAUUCAACUUGACGGGAGCUCCGGAGACCUACUCCCUCUGCGAAGUGUCGGUCAGCCCCGAGGGAGUCAUCAAGCAACGGAGACUCCCAGAUCAGUUCUCAAAAUUGGCCGACAGGAUUCAACUCAACGGACGGUAA